GGCACGCAGCUUGGACAAAAGGCUAGGGUUGACUACAGUCACGUUCCACAUAAUGUAUUUUAGUUGGGUGUCAAGGCCGUUCCCAACUGGGCCAAAGCCCAGUAUGAUCAGACUGAUCUGCCUGGAUCGCACCUUCUUUAGCUAUGGCGCUGUGGUAAUUGAAAAUCAUUUUGUUAUAAUUAUUUUAAAUGUAAGCUGUUCUUGGGCUAUAUUCGACACUGCUUACCUGCGGGUAUAUAGGAAAUGUAGCGACCUCGAACUAAUUAUGGCAUAUUUUCAGUAUUAUUUUCGGCUUAUUUACCGUAAUUAACCUAAAGUUAAUACUUUACACUUUAGAAGAGCAGCGCAGAGUCAUUCUCCAGGUAGCGUCUAUUUAAACCCUCGUUUGUGGCGGGCCUUAGUAUUUCAUGGCGCCUCAAAAAACUCUGUUCACCAUGUAUCACGAGAAAGGUAUACUUUGAUUGGGCUACAUGGAGCCUUACAAGAUAUUUUUAUAUACAGGAGC